AUGAGCCGGGGCGCGGGCGCGCUUCAGCGCCGGACAACGACCUACCUCAUCUCGCUGACCCUGGUCAAGCUCGAGUCGGUGCCUCCGCCGCCGCCUUCUCCGUCCGCGGCCGCGGCCGCGGCCGGCGCCCCCGGGGCCAGAGGCUCAGAGACCGGGGAUCCUGGCAGCCCCCGAGGCGCGGAGGAGCCGGGCAAGAAGCGGCACGAGCGGCUCUUCCACCGGCAGGAUGCGCUGUGGAUCAGCACGAGCAGCGCGGGCACGGGGGGCGCGGAGCCCCCCGCCCUGUCCCCGGCCCCGGCCAGUCCGGCUCGCCCUGUCUCCCCAGUUCCCGGCCGCCGCCUUUCCCUCUGGGCCGCCCCUCCGGGACCCCCGCUCUCUGGGGGACUGAGCCCGGAUCCCAAGCCCGGGGGCGCUCCCACCUCUUCCCGGCGCCCCCUACUCAGCAGCCCGAGCUGGGGGGGCCCAGAACCCGAAGGCCGUGCAGGCGGCGGCGUCCCCGGGUCUUCCUCCCCGCAUCCUGGCACCGGCAGCCGGAGGCUCAAGGUGGCGCCUCCUCCGCCGGCGCCCAAGCCAUGCAAGACCGUGACCACGAGUGGAGCCAAAGCCGGGGGCGGCAAGGGCGCAGGGAGCCGCCUGUCAUGGCCCGAGAGCGAGGGCAAGCCCAGGGUCAAGGGAUCAAAGAGCAGCGCCGGGACUGGAGCUUCGGCCGCCGCCGCCAGCGGGGGAGGGAGCACCGCGGCCGCGACCUCUGCUGGGGUCGGGGCUGGCGCCGGAGCCCGAGGGAAGCUGUCCCCUCGGAAAGGCAAGAGUAAGACCUUGGACAACAGUGACUUGCACCCGGGACCGCCGGCCAGCUCUCCUCCUCCGCUCUCCGUCCCAGCAACCCCGGCUCCAGCCGCCGCCGUUCCCGCCGCCUCCGCGCAGUCCCCCGGGUCUGCACCUCCAAUCACUCUGGAGCCUCCAGCUCCAGGGCUGAAACGGGGCCGGGAAGGUGGCCGAGCAUCCACCCGUGACCGCAAGAUGCUCAAGUUUAUCAGCGGUAUCUUCACCAAGAGCACAGGGGGACCUCCUGGCUCCGCACCCUUUCCCGGUCCCCCGGGCCUGUCUCCUGGCAGCGGGUCCAGGGAGCUGCUGGGCGCAGAGCUCCGCGCCUCCCCUAAGGCUGUGGUCAACAGCCAGGAAUGGACCUUGAGCCGCUCCAUUCCUGAAUUGCGCCUGGGUGUGCUGGGUGAUGCCAGGAGUGGGAAGUCAUCACUCAUCCACCGAUUCCUGACUGGCUCCUACCAGGUGCUGGAGAAGACAGAGAGCGAGCAGUACAAGAAGGAGAUGUUGGUGGAUGGACAGACUCACCUGGUACUGAUCCGAGAAGAAGCGGGGGCACCUGAUGCCAAGUUCUCAGGCUGGGCAGAUGCUGUGAUCUUCGUCUUCAGCCUGGAGGAUGAGAACAGUUUCCAGGCUGUGAGCCGUCUCCAUGGGCAACUGAGCUCCCUUCGAGGGGAGGGACGAGGAGGCCUGGCCCUGGCCCUGGUGGGGACACAAGACAGGAUCAGUGCUUCCUCACCCCGGGUGGUGGGCGAUGCUCGUGCCAGGGCUCUGUGCACAGACAUGAAACGCUGCAGCUACUAUGAGACCUGCGCAACCUAUGGGCUCAAUGUGGAUCGGGUCUUCCAGGAAGUGGCCCAGAAAGUGGUGACCUUGCGCAAACAGCAACAGCUUCUCGCUGCCUGCAAGUCCUUGCCCAGCUCCCCAAGCCACUCAGCUGCUUCGACCCCUGUCGCGGGGCAGGCUAGUAACGGAGGCCACACUAGCGACUACUCCUCUUCCCUCCCGUCCUCACCCAACGUUGGCCACCGGGAGCUCCGAGCAGAGGCAGCUGCCGUGGCUGGACUGAGCACCCCGGGCUCCCUGCACCGGGCAGCCAAGCGAAGGACCAGCCUUUUUGCGAAUCGUCGGGGCAGUGACUCUGAGAAGCGGAGCUUGGACAGUCGGGGAGAGAUAACAGGGAGCGGGCGAGCCAUCCCGAUCAAACAGAGCUUCCUGCUGAAGCGAAGUGGCAACUCCUUGAACAAAGAGUGGAAGAAGAAGUAUGUGACCCUGUCCAGUAACGGCUUCCUACUGUACCACCCCAGCAUUAAUGAUUACAUCCACAGUACCCACGGCAAGGAGAUGGACUUGCUGCGAACCACAGUCAAAGUCCCGGGCAAGCGGCCCCCGAGGGCCAUCUCUGCAUUUGGCCCCUCAGCCAGCAUCAACGGGCUGGUCAAGGACAUGAGCACUGUGCAGAUGGGUGAAGGCCCUGAAGCCACCACUCCCAUGCCAAGCCCCAGCCCCAGCCCCAGUUCCCUGCAGCCACCACCAGACCAGUCAUCCAAGCACCUGCUGAAGCCAGAUCGGAAUCUGGCCCGGGCCCUCAGCACUGACUGUACCCCAUCUGGAGACCUGAGCCCCCUGAGUCGGGAACCCCCUCCUUCUCCUAUGGUGAAGAAGCAGAGGAGAAAAAAGUUGACAACGCCAUCCAAGACUGAAGGCUCAGCUGUGCAGGCUGAAGCCAAGCGCAAAAUGUGGAAACUAAAAUCCUUUGGUAGUUUAAGAAAUAUUUAUAAAGCAGAGGAGAACUUCGAGUUCCUGAUCGUGUCCAGCACUGGCCAGACCUGGCACUUUGAGGCAGCCAGUUUUGAGGAGCGGGAUGCCUGGGUCCAGGCCAUUGAGAGUCAGAUCCUCGCCAGUCUGCAGUGCUGCGAAAGCAGCAAGGUCAAGCUGCGCACAGAUAGCCAAAGCGAAGCCGUGGCCAUCCAGGCCAUCCGGAAUGCCAAGGGGAACUCGACCUGCGUGGACUGCGGGGCCCCCAACCCAACGUGGGCCAGCUUGAACCUGGGCGCCCUCAUCUGCAUCGAAUGUUCUGGCAUCCACCGGAACCUGGGCACACACCUGUCCCGCGUUCGCUCGCUCGACUUGGAUGACUGGCCGCGGGAGCUGACCCUGGUGCUGACGGCCAUUGGCAACGACACGGCCAACCGCGUGUGGGAGAGCGACACUCGGGGCCGCGCCAAGCCCACGCGGGACUCUUCGAGGGAGGAGCGCGAGUCGUGGAUCCGUGCCAAAUACGAGCAGCUGCUGUUCCUGGCGCCGCUGGGCAGCACCGAGGAGCCGCUCGGCCGCCAGCUGUGGGCCGCGGUGCAAGCCCAGGACGUGGCCGCUGUUCUCCUGCUUCUGGCCCACGCGCGGCACGGGCCGCUGGACACCAGCGCAGAGGACCCGCAACUCCGCUCCCCACUCCACCUAGCGGCCGAGCUCGCCCACGUGGUCAUCACGCAGCUGCUGCUGUGGUACGGCGCCGACGUGGCAGCCCGCGACGCGCAGGGCCGCACGGCGCUGUUCUACGCCCGCCAGGCCGGCAGCCAGCUGUGCGCCGACAUCCUCCUGCAGCACGGCUGCCCCGGCGAGGGAGGCAGUGCGGCCACCACGCCCAGCGCGGCCACCACGCCCAGCCUCGCCGCCACGCCCAGCCCCCGCCGCCGGAGCAGCGCCGCCAGCGUGGGUCGCGUGGACGCCCCGGUCGCGCUGGUAUAG